AUGAGAAAUACGAAUGAUUUUUUCGAAAAAAGAAGUCUGAAGCUUUCUAAAUUAGACGUGACAUGGAGACCUUUUCCUCCUUUUGUUGUAAGUCCUAAAGAAGGCAUUCACGUGGAAGUUAUCAACAUGGUUGCAUCAUAUUUGCAUGUAAAUAUUAAUUAUGUAGAAUCGCAAUAUCCAGUUAACCCUUAUUCUGCGGAACCCGAGUUUAAACAAAAUAUGUAUGAUUUUUCUUCUAUGCCUUUCAUGAACCAAACAUUCCAGUUUGAUAAGACCAUUACAUUUACAAAAGAUGUAUCAGUGUAUGUAAUACCCAGAAUUAUUGUUAACGAUGAAUGGCAAAUUUUUUAUCGAGAAUUUGAUAACACAAUUUGGAUAUGCUUUUCUGUGGUGGUUUUAUUUUUUUACGUGCUUCUACAACUCAUCAAUCUAAUGUUUCCUUAUCAAAGCAAUUUCUCUGUGUUUGAAAUUAUUUUAGGAAUUCUUUUGGGAAGCAUUGGUGGAAUUAACGCUAGAACUGCCUCACUAAAACUUUUGUUAACUCUGUUUAUAUUUUUUAGUCUCUUAUUUACGACUAUUUAUAGAAGUAAAAUGUUUGAUAUCAUGAAGACAGAUUUAUCGAUCCAAUUAAUUAAAUCGAAAGAAGAUAUUUUGAAGUCCAAUUUGAAACUUGGUAUGCCUGGUGAAUCGUUUGUUCAACUAUUUAAGAUGUCACAAAAUGUAUUUGAUUCAUCUCUAACAGCAAAUGACCGCGUUGUAAAUUGUUUUAGUUUUCGAGCAUGCGUAGAUAGAGUAGCUUUCAAUAAAGACAUUGUAACAAAACGUUUGAUCAAAGCAGUGCGAUCCUUGACACCAACAUUUUAUUUGGAUUCAAAAGGAAGACCGCUUAUAGAUCUUAUCAAAGACCCUCAUGUGGUUCCUUUCCAUUUUGGUAUCCUUUUUCGUAAAGGACAUCCUAUGUUUGAAAAAUUUAACAAGAAUAUACUUUUACUUAUAGAAGCUGGCUUUAUCAGACAUGUAUGUAGAGCCCACGAUAAAAAAUACGAAAAGGCUAUAAUAUUGGCACAAAACAAAAAAGUUUUGAAGUACUCGAAUCUGCAAUUAGGAACACUACGAUCUACUUUCUUUAUCUAUUUAGUUGGUAUAACUGCUAGUAUAAUUGUGUUCUCGAUAGAAAUUUUCGUAUAA